GUGUGUUGUCUUGUGCGAUGGGUUCUAUGAGUGGCAGACCACAAAAGGAGACAAAAACAAGCAGCCCUACUUCAUACAUGCUCCUCAGCCUGAAGGGGUGGAAAUAUGGAACCGUGAAAGUUGGGACAAGCCAGAUGUAUGGAGUGAAGAAGAAGGGUGGAAAGGACCUCACUUACUCAAGAUGGCUGGGCUCUUCUCCAGUUGGUUGUCAACAGAAGGAGAAAAAGUGAUGAGCUACUCAGUAUUGACAAUGGAGUCUGGAAAGAAGUUCUCUAGCCUGCACCACAGAAUACCUGCCAUCCUAGAGACUAAUCAAGAAGUUGAGGACUGGUUAGAUUUUGGACGCAUUGGUUACAAAGAAGCUUUGGUCAUAUUGAAGAAUGAGGUGGAAGUUGAGUGGCACCCAGUCUCCAAAACUGUCAAUAAUUCCCGUAAUCAAGAGCCAAAUAUGAAUGCACCAGUCAGCUUGGACAAAAAGCCUCCAGAAACAGCGAGUAGCAAACUAAUGUCUGCAUGGUUAAGCAAAGGUACAGUUAAAAAGGAAAGUCCAAGCAUAACACCAAUAAAGAAAGAAACCGUGGUAUCAAAUGAAAAGGAAGAGAAGCCAUUUUCCUUUAAAAAUUGGCUGAAGAAAGAAUGUGACAACAGUGCAAGUAACAAAUGAGGAAAACGAAAGAACUGUAUUUAGAACUGGAAUCUGAAACUUUUGUAAUUAAUGAACUACCAGUUAAAAAUUAUCUUAUAAGCAGCAGCUGUGUUUGUUUAUAAUUUAGCAGGCAAGAUGGAGUUGAUCGAUGUAUAUUUAAACGAUUGAACUUUACAACAUGAAAGGAGGUACUAAGGCCCUUUGGACUCUCUUUAUCAUAGGUGAUGAACAAUUGUUGAGGUUCUACAUAUUUUCUCAAUGUGAAAUUUUGAACUUGUGUGAGGAAUUAAGCACCUUUUUAUGGUGGAGAAUGAAGAGGUACCAACUCUCACCCAACUGUUAACAUUAUUGUACUUUUAACUUUUUUUUUUUUAUUAUUAUUAUUAUAAGCCAUGCUACUCAUAUCUUGAAUCAUUUAGUAGUGCUUAUGAAGUUUUGAUUGCAAGUAUGUUUUAUUUUAAAUUUAGUUGUAAUCUCCGUGUGACAUAUACCGUAAUAGUUUUGUUUAGUUUGUGGAAAAUAUGUAAGAAGUGUAAAUUAAGUCCUUGAGCUGCAUUUUUCUUGAAAGAUGUCCUUAAAUCAAUGAACUUUCUCCAAACAUCCCCAACAUUUCUUGGUACUUGAGGACUAACAGGGUUGCAGGUUUGGCCUUUUCAGAAGCUUGUUGGCUUGCAGACCUCGGGUGGGUGAUUGAGGCAUGGGUGAUGUGACUGAAGCAUGGGUAGUGUGACUGAAACUUGGGUUUUUGGAUUUAGACAUGGGAGGUAUGACUGAUGUUUGGGUGGUCAGAAUGGGACAUGGGUGGUGUGACUGGGCAUUUGCAUGGAUUGUGACUGAGGCAUUGGUGGUGUGACUGAGUCAUGGGUGGCAUGACUGAGGCAUGGGUGGUACAAUUGAGAUAUGGGUGAUGUGACUGAGGCAUGAAUUGUGUGACUGAAGCAAGGGUGGUAUGACUGAGGUGUGGGUGAUGUGACUGAGGCAUGGGUAUGAUUGAGAUAUGGGUGGCAUGACAGAGGUAUAGAUGAUGUGACUGAAACACGGGUGGUGUGACUGAGCAUUGGCAUGGAUUGUGACUGAGGUAUGGGUGGUUUGACAAAGAUCUAGACAGGGGGACAAAUGAAUAGAGAGGGGGACACCAAUUAGGGACAGGGAGGGCCUGCCUUGGGCAUAGGCAGACUAGGCAACGACUUGGGGCCCCCAAGCCAAUCAAUAAAGCCCCCUGAUGACUUCUUAAUAAAGUUCAGAAGCUCUGAUGCUGGGUGUGAAUUUUUCAGUUAUCUGCCAUGUUAUAAGCCCUUUAACAAAAAUUUGCACCUAACAAAGUAUUACAUUAUUACUGUUGUUGAUAGCUCCCCGUGGUGAAAAUGGGUUACGGUAAUGAGUCUCCAAACUGACUUACACUACCAGUUUUGUAUCGUUUGGGGUCGAUGCUGCUUCAUUUUGGGAGGAAGUAAACUUUUGUCCCCGACUGUACAAUAAUAUACAGUACAGUAAUUACUACCUGUUU